UGAACUGAAACUUGAAAUUAAAAUUUGUAAUUUUGACAUUGUUUUAUUGACGUUUGUUAUAAAAUUUGCUGUCGUUGCAGUUGUAAAUAAAUAAACUACAUUUUUAUUUCGAUUGUGAUGGAAGGUGUUUUAUGGAAAUGGACAAAUUACUGGAACGGUUGGCAGACAAGAUGGUUCGUUUUGGAGAACGGUAUUCUAUCUUAUUAUAAAUCAGAAGAGGAAGUGUUUCAAGGAUGCAAAGGCUCGGUGAAAGUAUCAGUAUGUCAAAUUAAUGUCAACAAUAUCGACAAUACCCGUCUGGAUUUAGUUAUACCUGGUCAGCAACACAUGUAUUUACGGGCACCUUCACCUCAAGACAGGCAAAAGUGGCUGGUUGCUUUGGGAAGUGCUAAAGCAUGUGUUGACAAAACUGACACAAUAGCCCCAGAAUUUGAUAAUUCUUUGGGACAUAAAAAGUCUGAAUUGAGGCUGUAUUGUGACCUAAUGAUGCAGCAGGUGCAUUUUAUAAGAGGUGCAUCAUAUACUGACAGCCCAGAAAAUAAGAGAGUGGAAGAAGAAGCAAAUCUCUUAAAAGCUACAUGUGAUACAUUUAUUAAGACAUUGGAAGAAAUAAUGAGACUAGCCAACUAUGGUGGAGGUAAUGCUGCUUUACAUGAAAUGCCUAUUCCAAAUUUAAAUAAAAUACAGAGUAAUUCAAAAAAUACAAAAUCACAUUUAAACAGAACAGUGUCACAAGAAAACAGAUAAAUCUUCAAAAACUAUUAAAUUCCAUUUUUUUUGUUGUCAGUUUAUUUAAUUAGGAAAUAAUUU